AUGGCACGCGGGCGCGCCGUCUCCAGUAAUGACCGCUGCGCCGCAGGCGUCGGCUGCGGCCUGGCGUCGAGUGGCCUUCCUUUUGUGGCAGACGCGCGGUACGGCAACCUGGCGCCCAAGACGGCGGCGGGCAAGGUGGCGACCAUGGUGUACGCCAUUGUGGGCGUGCCGCUGAUGCUGCUCUGCCUGUCCAAUCUGGGCGCGCUGCUCGCCGACACGUUCCAGUUCGCCUACUCGCAGGCGCACGCCUGCUCUCGGAUAACAGUGGUGGUGGUGCUGGUGCAGGUGCGUCAGCUGCUGACGGAGUGCGCCGAGUACCAGGUGUCGCAGGCGGGUGGCGGCGCGCCGGACGCGGCGGCGACGCGGCUGCUGCGCGAGCUGCGCAGGCCGGCGCCCGGCGCUGACGACGACGACGACGACGACGAGGACGAGGACGACGAGGAGGAGCGCAGCGCGGCGGCGCACGACACGCCGUCGCGGGUUCCCCUGAUCUGGAGGCCGACCGAGCAGCAGCAGCAGCAGCAUCAGGCCGGCGGCGGCGGCCCCCAGCUGCACCUGCAGACGCUUCCCCAUAAGCGGCCGCCCACGCCGCCCCCGAGGCGCGUGUCGCACGCGCAUGCGCACGCGCACCAGCCUGACGUCACCGCCGACGCCACGCCGGCUUCCUGCACCGCCACGGCCGACUCCGCCGUCUCGGGCGCCAACCACGACGCCGCAAGGCACAGCAACGAGGCGCUGCAGAGCCGGGUGCCGGUGUGGCUGGUGCUGGUCGUGCUGACGGGCUACAUCUGCCUGGGCGCCGCCAUCUUCGCGCGCUGGGAGGACUGGAGCUUCCUGGACGGCGCCUACUUCUGCUUCAUCACGCUGUCCACCAUCGGCUUCGGCGACCUGGUGCCGGGCAAGUCGCUGCGCACGUUCCAGCAGCGCGCCGAGCUGCAGCUGGUGGCGUGCUGCGCCUACCUGCUGCUGGGCCUCGUGCUGAUCGCCAUGUCGUUCAGCCUGGUGCAGGCCGAGGUGGUGGCGCGCUGCCGCCAGGCCGCCGCCUCGCUGGGGCUGCUCAAGCGGUAG